AUGGAUAAAGAAAUAUAUUGUGGAUCGGUUCCUGUCAGCUAUUUUGACCCGUUUGAUUUAUUUGAGAGUCUGAGGCCAGAGUUUCAGCAGAUUUUACCGUUAGACAAUAUACAUUGGAAGGCAUUUGACGGAACUGUACGAACGGUUAACAGGCUUCCAAUUGAAUUGAUUCCAGAAGGUAGAGGGGAGGCAGACAAGUCUAAUGAUGAACAGCCGUUUAUCAGAUUUUUGAUAGUGAACUGUAUCUCUAUCGACCAAUACAGGGCCAAAGUACGGCCUCUUGUGAGACAGUGGCUACCAAAUCUGGAAUCUGUAUCUUCAUCGACAGGAGAAAAAAUGAUUUAUAAACCAAUUAUUUUACUGUAUGCCAAUUCUGAAGUAGUGGACUCUAACCUAUUCAAAUCGGUAUCCCUAAUGGAGAAAUUUGGCAAAGACUUUCCGCAUGUACAAACUUUGGAAGUUCGAUCGGUUUAUAGAUCUCCCAAAGAAAGGCAGGAGUUUUGGAACCAAUUUAGCCAAAAGAUUAAGGCUUCCGUACUGAGCAUCUUUCAAAAACGAUUGACACAUUUGCAACAUUCGUUGGCCAAUUUACAAAAAGGAAAUAACUUUGAGGAACAGCUUUUGACAAGAGAAAAAUUGUACGAGUUAUAUGUGGUAUUCAAUAUUUUGGAAGAUGCCAGCCUGGAAUUGCAAAAAAUCAAAAAAGAAAUACUCCGUAGAAACAUGAAUAUGCCGGAUGGAAAACUUCAGGUACCUUUUGAAUCAUCUUCUAAAUCAGAUGAAUCACUGGGCUCCAUAAUAAUAGAAGGUACACUCGAUAAGUUUCAAUUGCAUAAGUAUUUUUUCAUUAGAAGGUUAAGACUUCUAAAACUAGAGGACCAGACGUUGACCGCCUUUGUAGGAGCAUUUCAACUAAUCAAGAAUUUUAUUGAAUCCAUAUCAAUAGAGUAUAGAAAGUCUGUGAGAUUAUUGGAAUUUAAGCACUAUUUUAUAACUUCGAUGCUGUCAUAUUUUGAAUUUGAGAAUGUCUCAAAUCCUCUCUUGUGUGAAAUCAAAGCUGAGUUAUUAAUGUUGAAGCGCGACAACUGGGUGCAAGGUGUUAUGGCUACAAGUGGUUAUAGACUAAUGGACAAAAACUACCCUAAUAGUGACGUUAAAUACAAAUUUGAUCUAUUAAAAGAAACUUUUGUCGAUGAAACUGUCUUCCAAGAAAACUUCCUUACUCUCACCAAAGAAAUUCUUUCUCUCUUCAACAAAUGUGAAGGGAAGCGUCAAAGGAUAGUAGAUAUUUUAUCCAUUGAGAUAGGUUUGCUUUACUAUCAGGGAAAGAAAUAUGAGGAGGCAGUCUCGCUUUUCCUUUCCUGUUACGAAUAUUAUACUCAAACGAACUGGAAUAGCAUUGGUUUGAAAAUAUUGCAAGUUUUCAUUGAUUCCUUGAGCCACUGCCCCAAAUUAGACGUCUUACAGAUUGAUGGGGAAUCAGUUUCUGCAUCGGCCGUUUUAACUAAUGCAUUUCUCAAUAUACUUAAGUUAUGCAAAGAUAACGAUAGCAAGGAAAUUUGGUGGAAAAAGUUCAUGGAUUUACAAAUGAAAAAUAACAUUCAUCUAAUGUAUCCUUUAGAUGGGCUAUUCGAAGUAACUUUGAAUUCUAAAGUUCAUCUGGCAAGAGCGAAUGUUAGUGCUAUUGAAGUUAACUUGAAAAGCUACGGAUUUCCGGAGGAUAUCAGUACAAAAACAAUGAGAUUAUCUUUGAAAAAUAUGGGGGGAGACGUGAUAGUUUUUGGAGCCAGUGAUUUUCUUUUGAAGAAAGGUGAAAAUAAACUAAUAUUGGAGUGUAGAGAUAUCAUGUACGGUGAAUUUUCUCUGCUUUCUUUCGAAAUCAUUGUUGAGGGGAUUACUUUUGUAAAGGAGUUUCCGGAGAAUCAAGAUGAGUUUAUUGUAGUGCCAGAAAUAUAUUGUAAGGAAAGUACUAAGGUUCUGGUGAAGCAGGCGCAUAAUUUAAACUUGGGAGAGUAUGCACUUGAAUUGAAAAGCGUGCAAUCUGACGCUUUAGAAUCUUUGCAAGUAGAGGUUGAGGUGCAAAAAAAUAUUGGAAACAUGAAAAAUUUACCUGUUAGUUUUUCCAUGGAUGAAAUUCAGGCAAGGAAGAGAUAUAAUACUCCAUUCGAGAACGUUAGGCUAGAAUACUAUCUGUUGGACCAAAUAACCGCCUUCGACUUAAUAAUUAAAACAUCCUUCACCAAAAAAAAUGAUCAAGGCACCUUUGGUGAGACCAAGAAGGUCCGCAUUCAAUGUUAUUUACAACUGUCUGUUUCAGUGGAAGAUAUUUUUAAAAAGGAUAUAUUUUUCUUCAAAUUUCUUCUAAACUCUUCAGUCAGGGAAGAGCCAGUAAUUUUAUAUAGUUCAGAAUUAUCAGCACCAGAUACACGAAAUGAUUACAACAUACGUGGUGACUACAUCGCUACUACACCCGCGUUAAUUACUUUCGAUGGGAAUGAGAGUUUCAUUAAUUGCUACGAAAUCACAGCCAAUAAUAACUUCGAUUCAAAAGACAUCUUUAAUCUGAAAGUUAGAUACAACACAUUAAAAGAACAGCUAGAUUGCUUUAUUACAGACGCCGUGCUUAUUGAAGGUGAUGUUGAAUGGUUUAUUCUGUUUGAAAAGUGGAAAACAUUUUGGGAAUUAGAAAUUUUGAAAAAGUUGAAAUACGAUUAUGAUGCAUUCAAAGAAAACAGGAUAAUUAGAUUGUUAAAGACUUCAAUAGACCUGAAUAAAACAAAGUCGAAGAUACGUAACCUAUGCAUUGAAAAAGCGGUCCUUGACAAAAUAUUGAUCUGCUUGAAUAAAGUGAGUAGAGGAAUUGCAGUAUGUAAUACUGAUAUGGAUGAGUAUGUGAGGAAUCUGGUACCGAAACAGUUGACUGUUCCGGUACAACUACCAGGUUUUGAACAAUUCUUUCAUGUACAAUUCGAGCAAAUGGAAACUAGCCACGAUGCGCUACACGAUACUAUAGCUACCAUAGGCAAUUCCCUUUCCUAUACUGUAAUUGUGGAAAAUCUUAGUGGACAAUGGGGGCAAGAUGUUAUAGAUGACGGAGGAUAUAUUUUUGAAAUUUUGAGCAGUAAUGAAUGGUUAAUUCAUGGCCAGAAACGUUGCGCAAUAAAAGAGAAAAGAAAGGAGUUUGAAGUCCAUUUGAUUCCUUUAAAAAAGGGCUACUUAAAUUUUCCGCGUGUUGAAAUUACCAACAUAAAUGGUAAAAGUUGUAGAGUUGAUCACUCUAAUGCAUUUGAGUCAAUUUUGAUUUUUUAA